CACCGCAGCAGGUGAAGCUCAUGGGAAUGUGUUUGUCCAAUAUUAGUUCUGGGAGGUGAUAAGUGAUGAACAUGGCAUCGAUCCCACCGGCAGUUACCAAGGUGACAGUGACCUGCAGCUGGAGAGGAUAAAUGUCUACUACAAUGAGGCAUCAGGCAGCAAAUUCGUCCCCCGUGCCAUCCUGGUGGAUCUGGAACCAGGAACCAUGGAUUCAGUUCGCUCCGGCCCAUUUGGACAGCUAUUCAGGCCUGACAACUUUGUCUUUGGUCAAAGCGGAGCAGGAAAUAACUGGGCUAAGGGUCACUACACUGAGGGAGCUGAGCUGGUGGACUCCGUACUGGACGUGGUGAGGAAGGAGUCUGAAAACUGUGACUGCCUCCAGGGCUUCCAACUCACCCACUCUCUGGGUGGAGGAACCGGUUCAGGAAUGGGCACGCUGCUCAUCAGUAAGAUCCGCGAGGAGUACCCUGACCGCAUCAUGAACACCUUCAGUGUCAUGCCCUCUCCAAAAGUGUCUGACACCGUGGUAGAGCCGUACAACGCCACUCUCUCUGUCCACCAGCUAGUGGAGAAUACAGAUGAGACCUUCAGCAUUGACAAUGAGGCCCUGUAUGAUAUCUGCUUCCGCACUUUGAAGCUGACUACACCAACCUAUGGAGACCUGAACCACCUGGUGUCUGCCACCAUGAGUGGGGUGACCACCUGCCUCCGAUUCCCCGGCCAGCUCAACGCUGACCUCCGAAAGCUGGCCGUCAACAUGGUGCCCUUCCCACGCUUGCAUUUCUUCAUGCCCGGCUUUGCGCCUCUCACAAGCAGGGGCAGUCAGCAGUAUCGUGCCCUCUCUGUGCCAGAGCUCACACAGCAAAUGUUUGACGCCAAAAACAUGAUGGCAGCGUGCGACCCCCGUCACGGUCGGUACCUAACGGUGGCAGCCAUCUUCCGUGGCCGUAUGUCGAUGAAGGAAGUGGAUGAGCAGAUGUUGAGUGUGCAGAACAAGAACAGCAGCUACUUUGUGGAAUGGAUUCCUAACAACGUCAAGACCGCAGUUUGCGACAUACCUCCCCGCGGCCUCAAGAUGUCCGCCACCUUCAUUGGCAACAGCACCGCAAUCCAGGAACUGUUCAGGAGGAUCUCCGAACAGUUCACUGCCAUGUUCCGCCGCAAGGCCUUCCUCCACUGGUACACUGGAGAGGGAAUGGAUGAGAUGGAGUUCACUGAGGCUGAGAGCAACAUGAAUGACCUGGUGUCUGAGUAUCAGCAGUACCAGGAUGCCACCGCUGAUGAAAUAGGUGAAUAUGAGGAAGAUGAAAUGGAAGAUGAGGAAGACGUCCGCCAUGAUGUCCGCCACUGAUCGUAUAACACUGAUAUGACACUGACCCAAACCAAUAAUAACAACUGUUGGACAAGUGCAGUGAGAUCAGAAGAAGUACGCUAGAGAUGCAGAUGUUCAACUAAAUAUGGCAGUGUGCAGAUCACGAUGAAAUAUAGUUGUCUAGCCAAAAGUAUGCUGCAUAUGGCUUAUACCGACAAAGAUCAUGAGUGGUGUUAGAACCUAAAAAUAUGCAAGUAUUGUAGUAUUUGGUUAUCCAAGUCAUGCUUUGCCAGUGUCAAUAGAACAAAUGCAGUCUUGUCCUCAAUACAUUUUGUAACAUUGACUUCAACACGCAUUCAUUGUCUCAAGUCUCAAAUAAAAGAUCCGAUGCAUA